AUGUCGGCGCCACCUUCACCGAUGUCUCCCAGGCACCGUCGGCACCCAUCGAGUUUGGAUAUGUCACCGAGCAUCAAUGGUAUGGGUGACAAUGGCUAUUUCUAUGCACAGACUCCUCAAUCCCCUCGUCCAGUCUCACCCGAAACCCCACGGCAGAGGAACUCUCAGAUUUUGAAUGGUGACCGACGCAUGUCCGAGGAUUACAUGGGGAUGGCGGGUUCCAGUGGCGGCCUUGGAAAUCUUGCAGAUGAAUUAGCUGAUGCUUGGGGUGAUGGAGAAGGCUAUGAUGAUGUUUCUGGGAUCGAAGGGAACAAUCAAGCAGAGAACAUGCACGGGAUUCGUGAAGAGGACGAUACAUCAGAACAAGGCUCACCUCACGAGCAGACAUCUCCAAGCCAUUUAAGUGGCCUACAGCCUCCCCGGCAGAGGGUCAGACAAUAUCAGAACCGGCAUCGGCGUACGGAAUCUCAAUAUGAUGGAUCUGAUUAUGGGAAUGAUUCAGAUUUCGAUGAGCCUGGCGAGGUUUCUCCAAACCUGGAGAGGCGAAUGGCAGGCAUCGAGAGCUUGGCUCGACGAGGUAUUGAGGAUAACGGCAGUUCGACUGAUCAGAUAAUUAAGCGAUUCAUUGAAAGUCUUCGGGAUCUUGGUGGACAGAGCGGCAUUGAAAAUAGUGCCGCUAGGCUUAUAACUGCUCAUACUUCUAUUACAUCCCACCUCACACAUCAGACACGAGCAUUGCAGACAUUGAUCCAUCCCCUUCUUUUCUCUCACUUUCCCUUACUCUCUACUGACUCUAUCGACGACCUCAUACCAUUGAUUGACGACGGUCUCCUCCCGAAUUUACCUUUACCUUUCCAGCCACCACAUGUAGCACAGGGCUCGCUUAGGCCGACAUCUUCUUCCUCCACCAAAUCUACACAGAGUCAGACAGCAGCUGUAGAUCCACUGCUAUCGCUGCAAACUCUCCUCACUCAGACCUCCGAUCUUACAUUAACUCUUCGAACAUUAAGUGACACUUUACAUGAAUCCCGCCAGCUCACUUCUACAGCCUCCCGUCGCCUUAGAUCCGCACGGGAGAUUGUUACUGAGAUAAAGCGAGAGGAUGAGGAUCGAGAAGAGGGUCACCGCUGGAUAGAAAGCGGUGAAUGGGACCGCAAGUUGCGAGAACGUGAAGCAGGCAGAGUGUGUGGCGAAGUAGUCAGUGGCUUUGAAGCAGUCUGUGGUGAGUGGAGAAGGAAGCUAUUCGGUGCUGCUGGAGCACCUACCACUGCAGCUACUGGUGCUGCUGCAUGA